AAUCAGCUCCAACUUGGCUCCGUCUCCGCCUGUCGAAGAACCUCCACAGAAUGCCAACUUCACUCUUGAAGUUCGUAUCACGGAUUUUGAGAAGAAGGGCGAUGGAAUGAAUGCCUACAUUGUUUACAAGCUCAUAACAAAGGCGACGUCAGAUCCAGCAACAUCACGAGAAGUAGCAAUCCGUCGAGCAAGGCAACUAGAGCGUUUCGUUAAACGUGUUAUUCAACACCCAAGACUUCGCGUGGAUUGUGAUGUUCGUGAUUUCUUGACCAUGGAGGCUGAAUUACCACGUGCAAGUCAAACGUCUACGUUGUCUGGCGCAGGUGUGAAGCGAAUAUUCAAGAGCGUUGGAGA